AUGGUGCGCGCUCUCUGUUCGUGGGUAUUUGUCGCGACUCUCCUGGCACUCUGCCUUGGACAGGCAGAUGCCAAGAGCUCUCCUCGUAUUAUCGCUCGCGAUGGCAAGUCGUCGAAGACAGUUGACGUUUCGUCGAAGGAAGACCAAUCCAGCAAGUCGGCGAUGAAAGAGGGUGAGGAACACGGCAAACUUUCGAUGCCUGAUGGUGCGCGUAUGCGCACGCUUCGUGUUGGCUCCUCCAACUCUCAUAUUGCUGCUUACUGGAGCAGCGAUGAGAACCAAUCGAAGGCAGAACAUGCUUUUGUUAUGAUCCAUGGCCGUCUGCGUGAUGGCGACCGGUACUGGAAGAUCAUGAACGACGCUUACAAUUCGGCUUUGAAUGAUAACUACCCCGGUGUGAAGAAGAACAGUGUAAUUGUGGCUCCUCAGUUCUUUUCUGAGAAGCUGAACAAGGGCCAGUACAGCUCCAACACGCUCGCCUGGGACGACGUGAACGCUUGGCAGUCGGGAAUGGUGGCCACUCAUCCCUCUGGCACAGACGUGACGUCGCUAGACGCGCUGGACACUAUUGUCGAACAUUUUGCGGACCAGUCAAAGUACCCGAACUUGAAGAAUCUGACGCUCGUGGGCCAUGGUGGCGGUGGUCAGCUGAUGAACCGCUAUGCCACGAUUGGUAAGGAUCCCAGCAACAGCAACAUUUACGUCCGCUACAUUGUAGGCGACCCAAGCAGCUCGGCGUACUAUACUCACCACCGUCCUGUGACAGACAAGUCGAUUGCCGAGAAGUCCAGCUGCCCUCAGUACGAUGACUGGCGCUAUGGCUUUACUGGGUUUGAGGGUACCCGCAGCGGAAAGAAGUCUCCUCAAGACUACUUCGGCCAAUACAUCAACCGCGAUGUGGUGAACAUUGUCGGCUACAAAGACACGGCCAACAGCGGUGACCAGAAGUGCAUGGCGCUUCUUCAGGGUGGCCAGAAGCGUCGUGACCGCAACCUGAGCUGGUGGCGCUACAUCAAUAUGCUCGCGAGGACAAACGAGAACCUACAUGGCUUCCCUGGUAACUUCAGUGACCUGCCGGACUGGUCGUCGAAGUCCAACGGUAUCAUCUACACGCGUCUCUGCGUUGUGGAGGACGCUACGCAUGAUGCUGCGAAGGUGUUCGGUGGGUCGGAAGGUCGUUCAGCGCUCUUCCACCACUACAACGUCGAGAUGGGCUGGCGUCCAAAUGGCUGGCACUACAAGGCCCCUAAGCAAAAGACUGCGCGCUCGAAUGUGGCCAACGUGACUUCGAGCUCGUCCACUGAGUCGACGGCUUCGUCAACGAGCAACGUCAGCCCUCCUCGUCUUGCUCAGAGCGACGCCACUGCGUCGUUUAAGCCUGUUGGCAUUGCCGUCCUUGCCGGUCUCUUGUGCCUGGUCUUUGUUAUGUAA